UGCACAUGGAACUGAUUGAUAUGUACAAUUCACUUUCAACAAAUAUUGCACAGAUUGUUGCGGAAUUGCAUUGAAAAUUAAUAAGAAAAUGGCUAAAGAAUCGACAAAUAUGAAAAUGAAUUUAGAAAAGGAAAAACGGAAAGACGUGUCAAAGCCAAAUGUUUUUGGUGGUGUUUUGCAGGAUGAACGUUUUCAGCAUCUGGUCUCGGAUCCCCGAUUCAAAAUUCCUACCAAGGUUGAGAGGAAAGUAAAGAUCGAUGAACGCUUUCAGGAAAUGUUCACAAAUAAUAAAUUCAAAGUUAAAUGCCAUGUGGACAAAUAUGGUCGUAAAAUGAAUAAGAGUUCUUCAGAAGAUCUGAGAAGGUAUUAUGAAUUAAAUUCUGAUGAAGAUGAUGAAGAAAAUCUCGAAACCGAAGAACGCUUAAGGGAAGAGCAAGCUAUAUUACAGGAUGAAAAAAGCGAUAAAUUUGAUGAUUCAGCGAAGGAGAGCGAAGAAAUUGUUGCAACAUUAAGCCACCGUUUAUUGGAUCCUAAUAUCGAUUAUGCUAGAGGAGAAGGUGAUCUCCUGACUGACUCAUCUUCAGAUGAAUCCGAAUCCUCUGAAGAAGAGCCUGUUUUAUCAAUGGAUAAUGUACGGCAAGAAUGGGGAGAAUUAAAAAAUGAUGCGGAAACAAUUCAGUAUUCAACGCAUCGGUUAGCGCUAUGCAAUAUGGAUUGGGACCGUAUUCGAGCCAUAGAUUUAAUGAUUUUGUUUAGUUCUUUUUUAUCUCCCGGAGGUAGUAUAUUAAGCGUAAAAAUUUAUCCCUCGGAAUUUGGGAAAGCUCGUAUGGCCGAAGAAGAUUUGCAUGGCCCACCUGAAUUAGUAAACUCAAAUCGAAAAACUAAUAGAGAUAUUCAAGAGAAGAAUGAGGAAGAUUCUGAAAGUGGUGAAGAUUUAUUACAAGAGCAAGAUAGCGACGCCGAAGAAGGAGAUGAUUAUCACAUUGAGAAACUGCGACAAUAUCAGCUCAGUCGUUUACGUUAUUAUUAUGCGAUUGUGGAGUGCGAUGGGGCAGAUACUGCCGACAAAAUUUACAAAGAAUGCGACGGCUUAGAAUAUGAAAGUUCCGCUACUCUAAUAGACUUACGUUUUGUACCGAACGAUACAAACUUUGAUGGGGAUGAACCAACGGACGUUUGCUAUGAACUACCGGAUGUAAGCAGCUAUAAACCACGUCAAUUUACCACUACUGCUCUACAGCAAGCUAAAGUCGACUUAACUUGGGAUGAAACCGCUAUUGAUCGCAAAGAAUUAGGUGAGAAACUCUCAAGUGGAAAAUUAGAUGACAUCAGCGAGAAAGAGUUACGUAAGAUUGUAGCUUGUAGUAGCGAAGAUGAAGAUAAAGAUAAUUAUGAGGGAGAGUCUGACACGCAACGCAACGAGGACAAAGAGUCAGAACGGAAACUUGAUAAAAAGGAGGAGAUUAUCAGCAAAUAUAAAGCUUUGUUAGCGGAAAUUAGCGAAAAAGAGUUGAAAGAGAAGGAAGGAAAGAAAUACGAUAUGGAAUUCACGUGGCAGGUGUCCAACGAUAACGAAGUAGAUAAUAAGAAGCUGGAUUUAAGCGAAACGGAUAAAAAAGUUUUAACGCCCAUCGAAAAAAUACUGCAGAAACGUGCUGUAAAGAAUAAAAAACGAAAGGAAGAACGCAAAAGGAAGAAAUUACAAUUUAAACAUAACGAAGGGGGGAUCGAGAAUUCCGAUGCAGGAUCCGAUUCAACUCCCGAUGACAUUGAUAUGAAUGAUCCUUAUUUUACAGAAGAGUUUGCAAACGGCGAUUUUAUCGAGCCCUUUGGUAAAGUUAAAGAAAGAAAUAAAAAGCGUAAAAAUCUAAAGAGCGAAGAUAAUGAGGAAGAUGAGAAACAAGUCAAAGAAUUGGAAUUGCUUCUAGAUGACGAUGAGGCUAAUGAACAAUUCAAGCAACAUUUCAGUUUAGCAAAAAUUAUUAAAACUGAACAGGAAAAGAAAUCCAAAAAGAAGAGACAUAAGUAUGCCAAAAAAUCAAAAGAUUCUGCUUUUAAAGACAAUCUGGUUGAAGAUACUUUUGAAAUGAACGUCAACGACGAACGUUUUAAGGCGGUCUUCAACUCGCACGAAUUUAACAUUGAUCCUACAAAUCCUCAUUUUAAGAAGACGAACGGUAUGGAAAAGUUAAUAUCUGAAAAAAUGAAAAGAAAGUGCACAGAUGACGAUGUGCAGAAACCGCCCACAACAAAUAAAAAGCAAAUUGAGAAUGCUCUGCUGGUCAGAAGCUUGAAAAGGAAGAUUCGAAUGAAUUAA